AUGGCUGCACAGGUGUUGAACACGAUUGGGAAGAUAGGGGUGGGUCUGGCCAUCGGGGCGUCCGUUGUCAACACCGCUCUCUAUAAUGUGGACGGGGGGUCGAGGGCUGUCAUCUUUGACCGAUUCACUGGUGUGAAGCCCAAUGUGGUCGGGGAGGGCACCCACUUCCUCAUACCACUGGUCCAGAGGGCCAUCAUAUACGACAUCCGGUCCCGUCCUCGCAAUGUGCCCGUCAUUACCGGCAGUAAAGGUAUUGUAGGCGACGAGUGUCCACGCGAUGACCUCCAGAACGUUCAGAUCACGCUUCGGGUGCUGUUCCGACCCAUACCUAAAGAGUUGCCCCAUAUUUACGCCACUUUGGGUGAGGACUACGACGAGAGGGUAUUGCCAUCGAUUACCAAUGAAGUGCUCAAAGCAGUUGUG